AAAAUAUUUGUUUUUAACGUUUUUAUGUUGUUUUUAGGAUGGAAAUAGUUACCAACAAUUGCGCAGCGCUUAGUAAUUACGAAGUUUUAAAACAUUUACAAGUAAUUAAAGAUAGCAAGCGAAAACACAAAGGACAACUGGCUACAAUAACAUAUGAGACUCUGAGGUAUCUCGAGAACACUCCCGUAGGAGAACAAACAUCAGAUAGCAUCAGAGAAUGCAUGAAAAGUCUAAGUGCAUUUAACCUCAACAAAACCGAAUUAUUGAUGAUUAUUAAUUCACCACCAAUUACUGCUUUGGAAAUUCAACUGAUUGUAGAAGACAGUGAGGAACGUUUAUCAGAAGACCAAGUUCAGCAAAUUCUAGUCAUUUUAGCUAACCACUUUCCUCACAUAGUUAAAGAACAGUCUGAUAACGAUAAUGAAGAAGCACCCGAAUAAAGCA